AUGUUUCGCGUCUCGCUUCCGCUCGACAUCUUCUUACCGCGGUCAGAAUGCAGGGUACCUUGUGCCCGACACAGAAGCGUUUGCUCCUCCUUCUUUCACAAUGGUACCGGACGCGUCGAGAUUGCUUUGCCUACCUGCUGCAUGCAAGACUCUUUGUCAUUGGGCAGACCCCUGGACACUCACCACUUGGCGCUUCGCACCAGACGGCCCUUGCUUCGACUUUGCCGCAGCGAUGGCCACACAGGCAUGGUCCCAGCCCUCCCACAACAGAAAGAUUGCCUAGUCUCCCGUGAAUUCUCCCAACUUGGGCGAACAACUGGGUGGUUCGAUUCGCCGACAAUGCCACCGAAAACUACGAUGGACUACGACGCUGCAGGAAGACAAACUGAGUCUACAUAUCCGUACACCGCAUCGAACAAUGUUUGCUCCGCAGCCAAGAAUCAGUACAACGGGCCUGUCAAGAUCAAAAUAAACGAGGGAACGAUCAUCAACAACAUCCGACCGGUGACAAACAAGACUUCGUACUACAUCACAGUUGUUCCCGAUGGACGAUUUUCCACUGGCACAUCAAGCCCUUCCGACAAGCGCGAUACGGAAAAUCCAGUUGAGGAGGAUAUUUCCCAUGAUUCAUCCAAGACAACACCCACUUCCGACGGUCGGCAGAUCUCGCUACCCAGCAGCGUUGACCAAGCCAAACAUGCACGUCUCCCGUAUUGGGUUGCUUGUUCUCCUCGCAUUAGCUGGUUAAGGACGAUCAUUCGCCAUUCAAGCCUGCGGGCUUACGGCCUUAUCUGCGGAUUUCUGAUGUGCUUGAUUUCCUACUAUAUCGGCACUCUACGUCACUCCGAAAGCAUUCGCUAA